UGGCCAUGCGGUUUCCUCUUGCAUCAAAUGUCAUUCCCACCUUUCUCUUAUUUGAAACUCUUGCUUUUUUGUUUCAGUUCUCCUCCAUAUCAAAAGCUGAGGAUCCUUCUAUCUGCUCCUGUUAUGACUCCGCCAAUUAUACUUCCGGCAGCCAAUUCGAAACUAAUCUCCACCACAUCUUCUCUACCUUAUCCAAAAAUACUCCCUUAACCCGUUUCAACACCACCGUUUCCGGCGAAGAUCCCAACCGGGUGUAUGGUCUGGUCCAGUGCAGAGGAGAUUCCACACAGGAAGAAUGCCGGAACUGUAUGAAUACUUCGACCAUUGAGCUUGUUCGACGUUGUCCUCUUCGAAAGGAGGGAGUGAUACGCUAUUGGGGUUGUGUCUUACGCUACGCGGACUGGAACUUCUUCGGCCAAAUCGAUGAUAGAGUCGGGAGAGCCUACUUUGUUCCAGUGGAUAACGUGACAGAUGUGGCUCUGUUUAACGAGAGGGUUGGAGGUCUAAUGGACAACUUGUCGAUUGCAGCUGCUGUUAGCCCUUCCAAAUUCGCGACUGGAAGGACCAGGUUUUUGAAUGACUUUAAGUUUAUAUAUGGAAUGUUGCAGUGCACGAGUGACUUGUCGGACAAUACUUGUUACUCCUGCCUGAGAGACAUAAUUGCAGACAUCCCUUAUUGUUGUAAUUGGCGAUCGGGUGGAAAUGUGUAUUCUGUUAGUUGCUUCUUAAGAUACGAUUAUUAUCUCUUCUUUAACUUGUUAUCUCCGCCUCCUCCGUCCCCAACGCAGGCUUCUCCACUACCACCAUCCCCACCUAUGCCGGAUGAUGGGACCACCAGAACCAAUACAACACGAGGAAAAGGAGAUGGAAAGUUGACCUUAAUAAUUACUGGUUCUCUGGUCAUUCCUGUGGUUAGUGUUACAAUAUUAGUGAUUGCAGUUCGAGUUUGGUGGCUACGGAGGUCCUUAAGGAAAGAAAAUGAGACAGAGAAGACAGAAGAUGCGGAUUCGCUAUUGUUUGAUUUGAGAACACUAAAAGUUGCCACUGGAGGGUUUUCUGAUUCAAAUAAGCUUGGGCAGGGAGGGUUUGGUACUGUUUAUAAGGGUAAACUAUUGGAUGGGCGUGAAAUAGCUGUGAAAAGACUUUCACGGAGUUCGCCUCAAAGUUUAGAGGAGAUAAGAACUGAGAUACUUGUGGUUGCCAAACUUCAGCAUAGGAACUUAGUGAGACUUCUGGGUUUUUGUUUGGAUGAGCAAGAGAAGCUACUUGUCUAUGAAUACUUCCCUAACUUGAGCCUCGACAACUAUUUGUUCCACCGUGUAAAGCGUCUGAUGUUAGACUGGGAACGACGGCACAAAAUCAUCGAAGGGAUUGCUCGGGGACUACUUUAUCUUCACCAAGAUUCUCAGCUUAGGAUAAUUCACCGGGACUUGAAGGCCAGCAAUGUUUUAUUAGAUGAAGAAAUGAAUCCUAAAAUUGCGGACUUCGGUUUGGCCAGACCUUUUCAUGGAGAUAAAACUCAAGACCAUACAAAGCAGAUUGCUGGGACAUAUGGAUAUAUGCCACCAGAGUAUGCUGUUCAUGGGCGCUUCUCAACAAAAUCAGAUGUAUAUAGUUUUGGGGUUUUGGUUUUAGAGAUUGUGACAGGCCGAAAAAAUUCGACUUUCUGCGACUCUAACAGCUCUACCAAUCUUUCAAGUUUUGUAUGGAAACAUUGGGCCAAUGGAACAGCAACUGACUUGCUUGAUAGAACUGUAAGACAACCCUGCCCGAGGCAUGAAGUUUUAAGAUGCAUUCAUAUUGGGCUACUUUGUGUUCAAGAAAAGCCAACUGAUAGGCCAACCAUGUCAACAGUUGUUCUCAUGCUUACUAGCCACUCGAUAAGCCUCUCAGUACCUUCGCGACCUGCAUUUUUUCUUUGGAGUACAACUGAACCAGAUAAGCUUCCUAGAAAUUCAGAUGCAGAUGAUCUUGGAAGGUCUAAUUCAUAUGCAAGUGAACCUGGACUGUCUACAACUAAUUCACAACCACAACACUCAAAUAAUGAUGUUACGUUUAGUGAAUUGCAACCUCGCUAAGAAUCAGAUUGAUGUGUUGUUGAAAUUAAUAGUCAUUGCUUCAUUUGAAUAUUAUUUUUUAUCUUCUAUAAUAAUAAUAAUAAUUCUAUCAUUAUGUUAUUCUU